ACACUGCCUUGGAUUAUGGAAUACAUAGCGCAAUCGCCUUUUGAGUGUUUUUGUUUUUUGGUCAAGUAAACCCAAGUUGAAUUCGCUGUUGAUAAGGAAGAUAUCUGGCAAUCAUUACAGUUAACUAAAAUUGUAUCUUACUUUUUUCUGCACAAAGUAUUUAAAAACAUCUCGUCGUUUGUGUUUUCAUCUGCGUACGCGGACGCGCGCUUGCAGCUUGGGGUAACGGCGUAACUUGCAAACGAGCGGACAGUCCACGGGGGGCGCGCUUUGAGCGUCACACGGGAACGCGCUUGGCAGUGUAAAUGUGUCGCAGAUUUGUGAACUCUGGGAAAGAGAAUGAAUAAGAAAAUGAAACCAUGAAAAACAUAUGAAACCGAAAUAGAAAGAACUCUUCGGCAAGGAGCGGACGACUGGGGAAAAUAAAAUCACCAGUGAAAUUGAGCUCAGAAUUUGUGUUAUUUCGUGAAGAACGGGGAGUAGGCUACCUAAAGGGUAAACCAGUAAACACGCACUACGUUCUACUGAGCGUGCAGAACACGCAGUACAGUUACGAUGGAGCUGUCAUCAAUAGGUGAACAAGUAUUUGCCGUGGAAUCGAUAACAAAGAAGAGAGUCAGAAAGGGGAACGUGGAGUACUUACUGAAGUGGCAGGGGUGGUCACCCAAGUACAGCACAUGGGAACCAGAGGACAACAUUCUGGAUCCGCUCCUUGUCCUAGCGUACAAGGAGAAGGAGGAGAAGGACAGAGCCCUGGCUUGCAGGAGAAAAGGGCUCCGUGCUAGGAGACUCCUGCUGCAGAAUAUCUACACCAUGGAGCUCCGCAGCGCUCACAAGGAGCCGGAGAAGAUGGCGCCGCGCCCCCGCCUCUCUCUGUCCCGCCUGCGGAGCAGCGAGGAGGCGCGGAGGCUGCAGGGCCGAGCCGAGCGGAGGAACGCCUUCCGCCACCGCAUCUCGUGCAGGAAACAGCCGGGGGGGCCGCGCCUGAUCUGCCUCGGCCCCGCCCCCCUGGACCGCACGCCUCACGUCCAGCGCCCCGCAGACGGCGGCUGGGGGAGGAAGGAAGAGGAGGGAGAAGAGGAAGAGGAGCGAGAGAAGGAAAACGAGAAAGAGAAAGAGAAAGAGGAGGAGAAAGAGGAGGAGAAGCGAGAAGCAGAGAACGUGGAGACGGAGAGAGACUCCCUGACCGGGGGGUCCGUGGCAGAGGGGUGUGCUUCCAGUUCAGACGAGGAGGAAGCAGUGGUUGCCACUGGCUCAGAGGGCUUCACCCCUACUUUGGGGGAGGAGGAAGAGAUUGCGUGCAGCCAAUCAGAGACCUGCGCCCCUGAAGCAGGCCCGGGCCAAGUGACCGUCACCAACGUUACCAUCAACUCGCUGACCGUCACUUUCAGGGAGGCCUUGGCGGCGAAAGGCUUCUUUAGGGGCUGGGGUUUGGAGUUCUGAGAACGAAAAGGAGAGAGAGAGAGAGAGGGUGAGGUGGAGGGGGAAAGUGAGAGAUGGAGAGUUGGAACGGCCCGGUAACCUCCACGCUACGUUUCGCAAAGGCUCGCAGGAGAUGCAUGAAACCAAGAGCCCCGGCCUUCUUUAACUUCGCUCGUCGAGAGGAGUGUGGAAGGCCUGGCCUCAGCGUUAAAUGCAAACGAAACCUCUUCCCAAUUUAUUUUUGCACUGUUUUUCCGGCAUCGGCUGUCUCCAGUCAACUCCAGGGAGUAUUUCACGAGGCAGUAUUACUAGGUUAGCUGGAUAACUGCGCCGAGUAAAACCCGGAACAGCUUUUUACUUCAGUCCACGUUCCAGAUUUGGGAUGGUUCCGGGUUUUAACUCAGUGUAGUUAUCCAGAUAACUCAGUAAUCCUGCUUCAUGAAACAGGGCCCAGUACCUCUUAAUGGACACACAGCCAAUGAGGCUUCUCCUCCAUCGCUCGUCCUCUCCAUUUCUCCCUCCUCCCGUCCCCUGACCUACGAGUAAGCUCACUGUUGUUUCCUUUAUUAAUGUCACUUUGCUCCCUGUAAACACCCUGCCAGUGUACAUACAUGAACAGCACACAUGCCUCUGGAUGCACACACAUCUACACAUACACAGACCCAUUAAAAAGACAUAUUUAAAGACCCAUUAUUCGAAAGCUUAAAGCAUGAGAAGCUUGGAUACACAGGGGGCUGCACAGAAAUGUCCUUACCAGCUGACAGUAUAUUACCUGAGACUGACACCCUCAUUUCCCUCUGGCUGCCAGUUCGUUCAGCAGCCACUGCUGGGGACAGUGGCCAUCUGUAGGUAUCCGAAGUGUGAGUAGAGUCAGUCUGCAUUCUGAAGAGGUGAACCCAUAUAAUCUGACUGAAUUGCCUUUCAGGAUACACACACACUCACACAAGUGUUCAUUUUAUACCAUUCUUCUUCCAUGUACAUAAAAUCACGGCUUUGAAGAGCCUUUUGUGGGAAAGGAGACAUGGCAUGUUUAACAGUGCAGGCAGAUACCAGAGGUGAAUACUUGCCUUUCGGUUCAAAUUGUUUGUUUGCUGAAGCCCUUGAAAUUUUUAACGACAAACAUUCCAUAACCUCACUUCAUAUAUUUUUUGGCUAUGACAAAUCUUGAAAAUGAAUUGAUACAAUGCGCUUGUGCGAUGUAGAAUCGAUUUGAAACUAAAGCAACGCAUAUUGCGGUUAACUGAGACUAUCAAAGCGAAGUGCACAUCACUUGUUUCCCCCAUCUUUUCCAUUUAUAUAAAAUGGAGCAAUCAUUUUGAAUGAUAUCUUUAUCUUAAAAAUAAGAUGCUUGUGUCCUCUCUGUGUCAAACUUGUGUACUGUUCCUAUCCCCUUCUCCAACUGAUUUUAAAUACUUACCUCAUUUUGGCCCAAAUUGGAAGAACAUCCAAAAUAAACGAGAGGAAGACUAUAGGAAGAGAGAAGGAAGAAUACAGGAAGAGGGGAGGAAAACUACAAGAAGAGGGUUGAAAACUCAAAUAUAGCAAUUCAGGGGUAGAGAAGGAAAGAAAAGUUUUCAUUUGAGCACUUCAGUGCAGUGAUUUAUUUUUCAAGGAGAAAGAAACUGGGCUCUAUUUUUGUAUUAUAUACUGAUUGUGAUUAUUUAUUUAGCAGGGAGCCUUUGUGUAUCUGUUGAGCUGUUGUUCCUUUGUGUAAUGAUGGUAACAACACUACAAUGACAAGUAGGACAAUGUGCACGUUUGCUAUAAAUGUAACACUAUGCGCCAAGUGACUUGUCUAAUAUCUUUGUUAAAAACAGUAAUAUUGUGAUGUCCUUCAGAAAGCAACAUGGUGAUUCUUAAUACAUUUUUGACUGUAGUAUAAAUAAAUUAUCAAUAUUCAAA